AUGUCUCCAUCAUCAUUCGUUGGUUCCAAUCACGGCUCACAGGCCACCACCCUAUCUGCCUCUGACGAAGACGAAUCGAUCUAUCUCUCCCGCACCAAAAUCUUCCACUGGAUCCGAACUUGCAUCUCUGGUCUUAUCUUCGCGGUUGCCGUAGCCGUAAUUGGCUGCGAAGCUCGCUCCCUUCGCUUUUAUCAGGAAACCAGCCCAUUCAAGGAAUGGGGGCUCGUCCUGUGGCCGGAGCAGCUUGAUCUGCGUCCAACUACGGCCCUGAUUGCUUGCGGCAGUAUCAUUGCCGUUCUCACCCUCGCGUAUCUUAUCAUGGCUUCCCUUCCAUCUCCACACUCCCGCGUAAUCCUCCUAAACGUCAUAAUCACCAUCGUAGCACUCAGCGGCCUUAUCGCUGCUAUAGGCGCCAUCGCCUUCACUUCAACCGUUACUGACCCGCGCAUGAACAACGGUGACAAUGUCGGCGAGACCAUCCGCACCUGGACCUGCAAGUGGGGAUUCCCGAGCGGAGUGGACACAGAUGGUAAGCCGGUCGAUGCCACGGACGCCUUUGGUCGGCUGUGCAGGGAGACUCAUACUUCCUUCUCGCUUAUGUGUGUGUUGAUUGUGCUUCAGGCGAUUUUGGGUGUGGCUGCUGCUUUCGGUUGGUGGAUGGAAUUUGGGAUGGAGAGGAAGCGCGGUGUUGGAGCGGUGGAAACUGGAAAUGGGGCUGGGGUUGGGAAACAGUCUUUGUGA